UGUGGGCUAGCGCGGUCACGGUGGAGUUCAGUCAGUUGAUUGAGCCCUCAACAUGGCUUCUGGCAACGACAGGGGACCGGCAGUUCCAGAGUAUGUUUAAUACUGAUCAGCCAAGAGGAAAACGACUAUUCUCGACCCCUGCCCCUUGCAUUGUGAAAAAGACAGACUUUCAUAUGUAUGUCCUUUCGGUACCCGGUCAGUUCACACCAAAGGCCUCAGAAGAGCUAGAACUUGCCCAUGCUGGCCUUGGGAAGAGGAUGUUAAGUAUACCAGACCACUUGAAACACGAUGAGAUUGUAGCUCUACUUGAGGAGGAAUUUCCCGAACUGAAGACCUUACAAGGAGGUUGGAUGUUUUUCAAGUCUACAGGUGGUAGCGGACGUCGCAAGCUGUCCACAAUUCCAACUGACGCUGAGGGUUACUCCACAAGGCUUCUUAAAUCGGCAUCUAACAAUGGACAAAACAUGGUAUUUGUAGUUCCACUACAGGAGAAGCUUUCUACUGAACCACUUUCCUAUGAUUCAGUAGAGUUCGCCAAGAUGCCACAGUCAAAAUGCAUUACAUGUGGCAGUCAAAUGCCUUUGCAGCUGUUGCCGUUGCAUGUGGAGGAAUGCAAUGGCACAUUGACUGAGAGUGAAUCUGGGACAUGUCUUGAUGAAGAUUGUUCAGUUCUUGAGCAGCCAGUCCCAUCUACCAUAGGCAUGGAUGAAUCCUUGGCGGUCUGCCCAAUCUGUCUUGCAUCGUACCCAGCUGAUGUUCUCCCAUCUUAUGCAAGCACAUGUGGUGACAGAAUGAACUGUGCUCAACCCAGCGUAGCAGCCAGCCCCCCAAGGGGAGAAGAAUUGCCAGGACCCCCAGUUCCACAAUCGUCAGUUCAACAAUCGUCAGCAGCUUCAACCUGGGCCACUGAAGUCGACCCCCAAAAAGCAUGCCAGUUGUUCAGAGAAGAUUUACUGAACUGUUACUCUGAAAGUCCACUCCUCUCUCUAUCACUCGACAUGUUUGACGCAGAAGAAGAACAGGACAGUGCAUUAAUUUCAUUCUAUAAGCAGAAUAAUGUGAACUGGGCAGCUCCAUUCAAGUGCAGGCUGAGAGGCUCUGCUGCUUCUACAACCCUUUUUGAGGGGGAAAAAGAACAUCGGGUUCCCUCUGCAGCUGUUAUCCUGCGGGAAAGCAACCUAUUUGAGAUGGCAGGUCGUAUGAUGGGUCAUUCUUUCCUGCAUGGUGGGUUCAGCUUCUCUGGACUCAGUUUGCCUGUGGUGACCCUAUUGACUGGUGAGAGCAUUGACACUGCUCUGACACUGGAGGACUGUCCUGAUAUUGACCAUCGUGAAACAAUUGGUUUGGUACUUCACCGUGUUAAACAGCCAAUUAAUGAAAUACGGAAAGGCCUUAAACAAACAGGAAUCUGGCCACUUCUUUCUGAUAGGCCAGAUGUCCACCGCUUCAUUUUCCCAAGGGAGUCAAGUGAGGAGCUUAACCCACAGACCGUGAUCCAGAACAUUACCUGGCCACAACCUAACUUUGACAGCGACGAGGAUGAGGACGACACUGUUCCAUUGGAGAAAAUCAGUCUUGUCACUGGAUUUUUGAGAAAAUUCAUAGAGGAAGCGUCACCAGAUGUGCUGCGUGACCUGAUGAAGUUUUGGGUGGGGUGGGAACUGCCAACAACAAAACUAAAUCUUGAGGUUGUAACCUCAACUUAUCCAGCUGCUCUCACCUGCUUCUUCAAGUUGAAGCUCCCCAGCCACUACCAGACCUACAAGAUUUUCACCAGGACUUGAUGAUGGCCCUCAGUUCCAUAAGUUCUGGCUUUGGACUUGUGUAGGUGUAAAUGUCAUCGACUUCUUGCACUCAGUCACUCUUUUGAAAUGGAGUCACUUAAAAGGGCAAUUCCUGCUAAUUUAUGCACCAUUAACGUUAUAAAGUUUGACUAUUCUACUUGUCAGGCGCCACCUUCACCUGUCAAAUACUUUGGAGUUUUUUAGUGAUUUUCAUGUUCUUAAUAUAGCUGCUAGUGUACUUUUGUGAUGUCCUCUGCAGUGCAAUGAGCUUGGAUCAUAUAAAGAUCAUCUCUUUGAGAGUUGUGGCAGCUUUCUUGGCCUCUCUAGUUCAUUAAGCUCAGACUUCCAUAGACCUUUAGUUGUAUUUAUUGAACAGCUAGUACAUGUUUAAUACAUUCAGAUGUUGAGGUAGAUACCAAUUUCUCCAAUAUUACUGUUGCCCUUUUACAGUAAUGUUCUAAAUGACAGUGUGUACACUUAACACUGUUGGUUUUGUAAAGCAGAUUUGUCUAAAUUUGUUACCCCUUUACAGUGGUGUGUUGUAAAUACAACUGUACUGCUACAUUUGAUAAAUUUAAACACAAAUGUUAUGUUCCCUUGAACAACA